AUAUUAAUCAUUUUAUAUCACAGAGUUAUAAUGUUGUUACCUACAUCGUAAUCGUUGUCGGACAAAGUAUCGCUGAAGUCAUCAGCUUAUCACAAAACAACGUUCACUACAUUUAAUAUUCAUCAUUAACACCGUUGGCUGCUGUAACACAGUAUUGUUAUCAAUAUUUCGCCAACAUUUUCGCGUCGUGUAUUUUGCCUGUACAUUUUGGGAAACAUGGAUAAUUUCUUUGUGUUUUGUGUCAUUAUAUUGACCUCAGUGACAACACUAAUAGCAUCGGAAAAUAUUAUUUUAUUUACUGAAGAUAGUGAAAAAUUGCAAGUGAAGUAUGGAACAAUUUUUACAUCACCUGCGCUUAAAUUUAAUUUUUAUGAAGAUUGUAUUGACCAAAAUCCGAAAGUUUGUACAGUAAAAAACAAAGGAAAUGAAAAUUAUUUACGUUACUUUUCGGAAGCGGAGAAACAGGAAUGCGUACAUUACGAACAAAUAGCUAAUUCAAUGAACAACGUUUUGAAAUUCUGUGUCGAAAUGGGUUCUGACUCUUGGUACGGAGGUGCUGAGACAACUUUUCAGCAUUGGCCAUUAAAUAAACUCAAUUGGACGGAUAAACCAUUUGUAACCAGCGAGGCAGAUAGCCAAGCGGUUCUCGAGUCAUAUUUUUUUAACUCUCAAGGCUUUUAUAUUCAUAUCAAUGAUUCGGUGGCUUUGUUCGUAGACAUCAAUGGCCCGAGGCCGGGUUAUAUGUGCUUUACAGCUAAGGUUAUUAGUCCGUACAGAAAACUUAGAAAUGUCAUGCAAUUCCGCGUAUGCAAAUUUAGUAAUCCACGGAAAGCGCACGAAAACGCUAUUAAAGACUUUCUUGGUAUGCCAAAAUCUAUACCGGAUACUUUUGUAGUGAAACACCCUAUUUGGUCUACUUGGGCCAGAUAUAAGGUAAACGUGAACUCAAAAAAUGUAAACGAUUUUGCUCAAGAAAUAGUCCAAUACAGUUUUCCUAGAGGAACGAUCGAGAUCGAUGAUAAUUGGGAAACCUGCUACGGUAGUGCAGAGUUCAAUUUAUCGAGAUUUGAAAAUAUUAAAGAGCUUACAUCUAAUUUAAAAUCAAAGGGUUUUAAAACAUCUUUGUGGACACAUCCAUUCAUCAAUUUGAACUGUGAGAGACAUACAAUAGGCAAAAGAAUGGGUUAUUUUGUGAACAGUACAUUGAACACAGUUGAUUCAUUUUGGUGGAAUGGCAAUGCUUCUUAUAUUGACUUUACGAACCCUAAAGCAGCAACUUGGUGGGCUAAUGCACUUCGAGAAUUACUUGAAAAAUCUGGAAUUGAUUCAUUAAAAUUUGAUGCGGGUGAAUCCAGUUGGGUUCCGAAUAGUCCUGUGUUUUACGACAGUGAUUUGACUUACUAUCCUGAUAACAUUGUCAACGCAUAUCUCGAAACCAUAGUCAAUUUUGGUAACAGUAUCGAAUACAGAUCGUCCAGAAGAAGUCAAGGGUUUGGUCGUUUGUUAAGAAUGAUAGAUCGCGAGUCUCGAUGGGAUUUUCAAUUAGGAUUACCGACAUUAAUAACGUCUUUAAUACAUCUGAACAUGAUCGGAUAUCCAUUUGUGUUGCCAGACAUGGUUGGCGGAAAUGGGUACAACAAUAAACCGCCUUCGAAAGAAAUGUAUAUUCGAUGGAUGCAAGCCAAUGUCUUCAUGCCAGCCAUACAAUUUUCAUAUACGCCAUGGGAUUUCGACCAACAGACAAUAGAUUUAUGUAGACGCCUUUUGGAUAUUCGUAGCAAUUACACAGAAACCAUAGUUAAUUUGAUGAGACAAAGUGUAGUAGAUGGAAGUCCGAUUAAUCCUCCUAUUUGGUGGAUAGACCCUACUGAUUCAGUGGCGCAUUGCAUUUAUGACGAAUAUCUGUUGGGCGAAAACAUCCUCGUAGCUCCGGUAAUCGUCGAGAAAGCGAUAUCCAGGGACAUUUACUUGCCUGCGGGUGUGUGGAGGGACGAGAACAAUCCAGAAUCGCCGUACAUCGUGGGCAGAACGUGGCUUCACGAGUACCCUGCUCCCAUCGAGAUCCUUCCGUGGUUCACCAGGAUGAGCUCCGAGCAGCAACAGUCAAACUCGAUCGUUCACGUGUCGUCAACGUGUUACAUGUUGGCAAUGGGUUUUGUUGUAUACUUGUUUCGGUGAACUCUACAUAAUGUUUUCCCUGGACAACAUUAUACCAGCUGUUUAAUAUUAUUAUUUAUUACUCCUAUGUACCCAAUAUUUACCCUGACAUAUUAAUCCACUAGGUUUAAUAUGUUAUCAAUAAAACUGUUAUUUUGUAAA